GACGCAGAGGAUCGCAGCCUCUGUAUUGGCAACUCAGAGGAGUUCUCAUCCAUUUGUGUCACCUUUUUUGUUCGAUUUUUCGGCCGCCGAGCAAUUCCCAAUUCGCUACUCGCGCUUUAGCAUCUCAUCACUUUCUCUCUCUAAAGAAAUGUACUUUCUCUCUCCUCUUUUAAUUUUGCAUUGAAUUUUUUGCCCUUUUAAUUCUCGGUACAGAUUUUCCAGCCAUUUUCUAUGCAAUCGAUCCCUUUUAGGGAUUCAAUUCCCCCAUUUGGAUUCACCCUUCAAUCCCUUAUAUUCUCAGCUUCUUCUGAGAAGAGAGAGAAUUCAGUAACAGAAAAGAAGAAGAAGAAGAAAAGCUCAGAUUUUUUGGGUUUGCGCAAAUUUAGAUUAGAUGGGUGACGUUGGAGAGAUUGGACCUGAUAUUAGUUCGGAUAUAGAAGAAGACUUGAGGUGCGAUAAUAUUGCGGAGAAAGAUGUCAGUGACGAAGAGAUUGAAGCGGAAGAUUUGGAGAGGCGAAUGUGGAAGGAUCGAAUUAAACUCAAAAGGCUUAAAGAAAGACAGAAACUUGAAGCUCAACAAGCUGCUGAAAAGCAGAAGCCCAAGCAGACCACUGAUCAGGCUAGGAGAAAGAAAAUGUCAAGAGCACAAGAUGGGAUUCUUAAGUAUAUGUUGAAGCUGAUGGAAGUGUGCAAAGCUCGUGGUUUUGUGUAUGGUAUCAUUCCUGAGAAGGGCAAGCCAGUGAGCGGUGCUUCAGAUAACAUCAGGGCUUGGUGGAAAGAAAAGGUGAAGUUCGAUAAGAAUGGUCCUGCAGCCAUAGCCAAGCAUGAAGCGGAGUGUCUUGCCAUGAGUGAUGCAGAUAAUAAUCGAAAUGGGAAUUCUCAAAGCAUCCUCCAAGAUCUACAAGAUGCAACUCUUGGUUCUCUAUUGUCUUCUUUGAUGCAACACUGUGACCCCCCUCAAAGGAAGUAUCCAUUAGAAAAGGGAGUUCCACCACCUUGGUGGCCAACAGGAAAUGAAGAUUGGUGGGUGAAACUAGGGUUAGCCCAUGGUCAGAUUCCUCCUUAUAAGAAGCCACACGACCUAAAGAAGAUGUGGAAAGUUGGAGUGUUAACGGCUGUGAUAAAGCAUAUGUCACCUGAUAUUGCAAAGAUAAGGAGGCAUGUCCGCCAGUCAAAAUGCUUACAGGAUAAGAUGACAGCAAAGGAAAGUGCAAUUUGGUUAGGGGUUUUAAGCCGAGAAGAAUCCCUCAUUCGGCAGCCUAGUAGUGAUAAUGGGACAUCUGGCAUUACUGAGAUGCCACAAAGUGGCCAUGGCGAAAAGCAAGGUGCUGCUAGCAGUAAUAGUGACUAUGAUGUUGAUGGUACUGAUGAUGGGGUAGGCUCUGUUUCUUCAUCCAAAGAUGAUAGGAGGAAUCAGGUGAUGGAUGUGGAUCCAUCAAGCAAUCUACACAAUAAUGCUCGUAAUAAUGUCCAAGAUAAAGAGCAAGGUGAAAAGAAACCCAGGAGAAAAAGGGCACGUGUCAGAGCAAGCCCUGUCAAACAACGUCCUGCACCAUCUCACAAUGAGCAUCUUCAUGUUCCAACAAGAGGUGCAUUGCCUGAUAUAAACCACACUGAUGUACAGAUGAUUGGACUUCAGGUUCAUGAAAAUCAACAGGAAAAUGGUGCCAUUACAACUUUGCGGCCGCUGGAGAAUGAUCUUGAUGUCCAAGCACAAAGACCAGCGCCAGAGUUUAACUACCCUGGUGUACCUUCUGGCAAUGUAAUUACGACACAGGGCAUGCAUGUUGGUGGAACACCGUUGCUUUAUCAUGGGGUGCGAGAUGCUGACAUGCAUCAUGGAGAUACAUUUAACCAGCAUCAUGGAGAUACAUUUAACCUCUAUAACCCAUCAACACAAUAUCCCCCAAGUCAUGACCGGCAGCCGCCUCAGAUUGUAAUGAAUGAACCGCAGAUUAUACCAGCAGAUGGAGUCCAUGUACCAGUACAUAGAAAUGGAAGUGAAAUUGCUGGAGGAGAUUUGCCAAAUUUUGUUCAGGACACAUUUCAGAGUGAGCAAGACAGAACUAUCAAUGCUAACUUUGGGUCUCCAAUUGAUAGCCUGUCGUUAGAUUAUGGAUUAUUCAACAGCCCAUUCAACUUUGGAAUUGACGGCACCGGUUCAUUAGAUGACCUUGAACUCGAUGAAAUGAUGGAGUACUUUGCAGCAUAGUCUAAUAGAUCCUAUAUUCCGCAUAGCUUAGAUUGGAUAGGUGGACCACGUCAUUUGUACGCCACCUCUCACAAGUCACAACCAAACGGAACCCCCUGCAUAAUGGUCCCACCUGACUCCACUCCAGUCUCAAGGGCCCAGUUUUAUUAUGAGAGUGCCCUAUGGUUAACGUGAUCAUGCAUCUGUUGAAGACUUUCUCCAACUUAUGUGAAAACUAUGCCGGCUAAGACCUGAUCCAUCGAAAGCAGCCACGAAUCAAAUGAAUGUCUCGGACAGUUUUACCGUUGAUUGAUGAUUCGAGCUUCAGCAGUUGGAUUCCAAACCUAAAAUCCAGGCUGAUUUGAAUUGUUGAAAUCUGUUAGAUGAGAAUAUUCUUCCCUUGUUCAUUGAUUUGGUUGGUUGUCUUGAUGAGAGAGGAGGAUGAAGGUUAAUAUUGGAAAGUCCACCCCCUCGGUAGGAUUUUGUUUCAACAUUUAAUGUUUCCUUAAUCAGACAGGAUACAAGGUCUCCCAGCAGAUCUGUGUCUGUCUGUUUCACAACUCCAUGGUUGACUUCCAAUUGACUUUGACUAAUGACAACUCUUUCUUUUUUUCUGUUUC